AUGCCUUCGACUUCAAUAGACUUCAAUGCUGUCCCUGGUGACUCCCACCUCGUAGACUUCGAUGAAAAAAACGCACAAGGAACCAGCGGCAAGAAAAUCGUGCUAAUACCUACGCCAUCAGACGAUCCCGAUGAUCCACUAAAUUGGUCGCCACGCCGUAAGUGGACUGCCGUCGCCUGUGUUCUAAUUUACACUCUUUGUGCCUGCAUUCCUACCGCAGCAAUUUACUCAGUGCUCCCUAACAUCGAAGCGAAGACCAAUAUCACGCUCGGGGACUUGAAUGCCGGUACAGGCUACAUGUUCCUGUUUCUCGGAAUCGGGUGCCUCAUUUUUCAGCCCUUGGCACUACAAUUUGGAAAACGUCCAGUGUACCUUUUCUCAAUAUUCGCGACAUCCUUGAUUUGUGUUUGGCCUCCAUACACAAAGUCAAAUGGUGAAUGGAUUGCUUCUAAGAUUCUACAAGGACUCGUGGCAUCUUCAGUGGAAUCUCUUCCUGAAAUUUCAAUGAGUGACCUCUUUUUCGAACACGAACGUGCAUUUGCACUCUCCCUGUACGGACUAACGUUGUUGUCAGCAUCCUUUCUAGCGCCUUUUGUAGCUGGCUUCAUAUCGGAAGGUCAGGGUUGGGAAUGGGUAAUGUGGUGGUGUGCUAUUCUAAAUGCAGUCGCAUUCGUUGUGCUUUUCUUCUUCAUGGAAGAAACUAAUUACGACCGCAAGUUGAAGGUCGACGCUGCCACUGGGGAAGUGCUUUCAAUCAACUCCAGACAACAUCAGUUAGGCAAUGUGGUCACAAACAUCGACGCCAUUAUGAGCCGCCCAAGAUCUUCUGAUGGCAUGCAAGAGAAAGAUCAAGCAAAAGUUGAUGAUUUGGAAGAUUUGUCAGGGACCGAUGAGUAUCGGGAGAACACGAAUAUUGCAAACCAGGUUAGCAAUGUCGAGAUUGUCAAUUCAGCUACCUACGCUCCGGCUCAGUAUUCCAAAAAGACGUAUCUGCAAAAGCUUUCUCUCUUCAGCGGAAGGCGCGAAAAAUUCCUUUUGCACCACUACGCUCUCGCUCCAUUUUACAUGGCCCGCUUUCCGGUGGUUCUAUGGGCAGGUUUCCUCUAUGGUAGCUCCCUUGUCUGGUUCAAUGUUCUCAACGGAACAGCUGCUUUGAUUUUAUCAGGUAAACCUUAUGACUUUCCAGCCUCGUCGGUAGGAAUUGCAUACCUCUCUCCGACCUUAUUCAGCUUAAUAAUGUUCUUCCUAUCAGGAAUGUGAUCAGAUUGGUUGAAGGUACGUAUCGCAAUCUGGAGGGGAACAGGAUUGAGUAAGCCGGAAGAUAGACUAUGGGUCCUAGUAAUUUACAGCGUUCUAGGGUGCUUUGCCGCGAUACUAUGGGGUGUUGGCGCCUAUUACGAGGUUCACUGGUUUGGUCUUGUUUUUGGUAUGGGUCUUCUAGGAGGAUGCGGUAUUUUUGCUAUUGCAGCAGCUGCAACGUACGUGGUGGACACUUACAAGGAGCUUGACACAGAGGCCAUGGUUGUAGUGAUCAUGAUUCGAAACUGCAUGUCCUUCGGAGUUAGUUACGGGAUAACAGACUGGGUCACAAACCUGGGCUACAAAAAGUGCUUCAUCAGUGUUGCGUUUUUGUGCCUAGCCGCUAAUAUGACCUUUUUGGUAAUGUUGAAGGCUGGACCAUACUUCCGUAAUAGUCAGAAGCAUAUGUAUUGGUCCAUGGUGGAUAAGUAUCGGAAACUAGGGAUGCAU